AGACGAGGAAAAAAAAAACAUGUGACGUAGAGUCCAAGAUGGCGGCUCCCCUUUCCACGAUGAAAUUUUGGAAGCCGGGUAAGUGAAGAUAAAACAAGUGAAUGAGGCCGUUUGAGUUGCUGUUUCGGGGUUAUGUGCGUUAACUAAAAGCUGUCGUUAUAGUUUAGUCAAUGUUGGUUUGGCUGCGGUCGCGUCCGCUGCAGCUGCGUGAUCUCCGCAGAGACUUCAGUCCAGCACUGGUAGCGUUACCUCUGCGGAACCAAAGUAUUAACCUGAUUGAAUAAAUUAAAAUUGAAUAAAUGAAGUAAAAACAGAUACGUGGGUACAUUCAGUGAUAAAAAGAAUUAAUGGGGGACUCUGGUUGUCUGUCUGUCUGUCCGUCCGUCCUUGGUUACAUGUCAGCGCAUUGCACUUAAACCAAGGCUGUCAUCCUCGUAUGGCUUUAGCCCGCUAAGAUGUGAAUAAUAUAUACUAUCUCUGCCUCCACCAUCUGUUUUGCUCCAGGGUCUGAGGCGCCGGGGAUCUCCGAGGAGCGUGAGCUCAACUCAGAGACCACUGGCUCCCCCAUCAUCUUCAACCCGCACACCGCCCUCUCCAUCGAGAAACAACGACAGAAACUCCCCGUUUUCAAGGUCUCACAAACCCCAAAUGUCUCAACAUGCAUUAAUGAAACAGUAUUUGUGCCUAUCUCUAAUGUUACAUUCAAUAACUGUUUCUAAUUAUUUCUAAUGCAGCACAGAAACAACAUCUUAUACUUGGUGGAGAGCUUUCAGACUGUCAUCAUCGUUGGGGAGACGGGAUGUGGGAAAACAACACAGAUACCUCAGGUUGGGAGAAUUUUGGGAUAACUUUUAAAAGCUACAAAUAUAAGUGAGAUCUGGUGGGAAGCUUUUUUCUUCGUUAUCCCACUCUAAAAGGUAAAAAAAGGUUGCAAAGUGAUUAACACCUUAGCUGCAGUGGACUGGUAUCCUCCAUGUGGAGUAGUUUUGCAUGACCUUGCCUUGAUGCUAAGUGGCCUCUUUUUUGUUUGCAGUAUUUGGGCCACAUCAGCAAGGGUUUGGUUUGUGCAGUGUGUGCUUUUUUGACAACAUCAGUGUCUCCAUUUUCCCCUUUUUUUGAUCCAAGCUCUCUUUUUUUUAUCAACUCUUCUCAGUACCUGCUUGAGGCUGGCUGGGCAGCGGAGGGGAAGGUGAUUGGAGUGACACAGCCCCGGCGUGUAGCUGCUAUCUCUGUAAGACUCACACUGAUGUUCCCUUAAUGCCCUGUCACUGUCUUCCAGUGUCGUUUCUCUGCAAAAUUUGAGCCAACGCUGGCAGGACGCGUUCAGAUUCUGUUAUUUCCUCCUCUUUCCUGCCUUUAGGUAGCCAACCGUGUAGCAGAGGAGCGAGGGGCCCUGCUGGGACAUGAGGUGGGCUACACAAUCCGAUUUGAUGACUGCUCUGAUCCCCAUGCCACACGGAUUAAGGUAUUUUCCUCUGCACCUGUGUUCCCAGCUUACCUUUGCCAGAUGUUUUAUGUUUACCUCCUUUUCUCAUCGUGCCUGUGUGCUUCAGUUCCUUACAGAUGGCAUGCUGGUGAGGGAGAUGAUGUCUGAUCCCCUUUUGAAAAAAUACAGGUACAUAAUUGGAGUUUAAGCUUUUUGUAAGCAUUUUUUUUUACCUGAGCUAGACCAUUAUUUUGGUUUAGUGAUAUUUUAUCGUCCAGUGUUUUUAGGUGUGAGGUGUUAACUCUAUUUUGUAUAUGAUUCAUCAAUCCAUCAAUCAGUCUUUAUUGAUAUAGCACUUUUCAUACUAAAAAGAUACGCAAUGUAAGCUCCAUAGAAACGUGUAUUAAAAUGCAUGAACUUAAAAAGGGCUAAAUUCAUAUAAACAGGAAUGUGUGCACUGUGGAAACGCCGUUUUAAAAUUCGAGGUAAGGAAAUACUGGAGGUUUAAAAUCUAAAAACAAAGUAACAUAAAAUGAAAUUUAAGAAAUAUUUACUAAAAUAAAAAAAACAACAACAGUAAAAGAUACUAAAAUAAGAGCACCAAAAUAACUAAAUAAAAGAUGAUUCUGUCUUUAAAACUAGAAGAGAUAAAUGCUUAUAUGCUUAAACAAAGUUAAUGAUAUAAAAUUAAGAUAUAAAAUUUAGUUAAAAGCAACACUAAAAAGGUAUGUUUUCAGUUUGCUUUUAAAAUCAUCAAGAUUAGGCGUAUGUCUGCAAACCAAGAUUAUCAGUGCGCUAUGUGCAAAUUAGUUAAAUCACACAGUUAAAUCAUGAUGAACUGAAGUUUUCUAAUAUUAGCUGAGUUUUUCUAAUAUUUGCAGAAUAUGUGAAACAUAAAAAUAUAUAUUUUUUAUUUAUAGAAAGUUAAUAACAUAGCUAAUUGGCAGUAAGUCAGAAAACUGUUAGCUCUGUCAGAGACAUAUAAAGCAGAGUAUCACAGCUGUUCAUUACAUUUGCUAUCAAAUCUGUUAUAUUUACACCCUGGUCCCAAGAAAAAGAAAGAAAGAGUCUGAAAAAAUAAAAAUAAAACCAUGAAAGCUGUUGUUUUUAGUCUCCAAACCGUGUAUUGGUCAGGAUUUUGUAUUUACAGCAAAUAAAGUGGCUGAUAGAAUUGAGCAUGUCUCUUUUGUCUUCAAGAGUCUGGUUGAGCUCUUGCACUUUGACAGUUAGACCAUCAUGCUGUAUAGCUAGAUAUCUGUAGGGGGAAAAUACUUGUUACUGGACACAUGACUUUGUUUGAAGUCUCAAUUUGGCUUGAACUCAUUCUUGUGUUUCUUGCUGUUUUUUCAGUGUGUUGAUGCUGGAUGAAGCACACGAGAGAACCCUGUACACAGACAUAGCCAUUGGUUUACUUAAGAAGGUAAAUUCUGCCAUUUAAAAGGAUGAGACUUUACAUCUAUACUUUAUCAUAUGCAAAAAUUUUCCCUGAGAUUCAUGAUUUUCUUUCUCUUUCCCUCUUCCUCUCUGCCCUCUCUAUGUCUGUGUCUUCGAUUCUUUGAUAGAUUCAGAAAAAGAGGCGAGACCUGCGGCUGAUCGUGGCCUCUGCCACUCUGGAUGCCAAGGUGACUACAUCAUUAAGAUGGGCAGAUAUGCUUGAUUAGCGAGAAUAAAGCAACAAAGACAGUCAGAGGAGAAGUUGAUGUCAGGUCAGAUCCCAUUGUACUGACACCGGCGAUGCACUGAUGAAAGACGGACACAAUCAGGCCAUGCCUGUACUCAGCGUUAAACAAAUCAGCUUAAAAUGCAAUAUCAGACAUUACUGUGCUCCCUGUUUGAAGCGCAGCUUUUAUCUAUAAAUGCAAAUGAUCACCUCAAACUUCAGUGGUGUGUUGCAUCCUUUUAGAAAUGAAAGAUUGAGGCCAGGAAUAAUAUUUUACUUUUCUGUCGCUGCAACACACUUUUCCAUGCUGACUGUGCGCAUCUGCAAAAUUUUAUGAUUUCUCAAUUAAAUUUACUGGAAGCUAAUUGUAAUUCUCCUUUUACAUAGAAAGUUUCCAUAACUAACUCUUACAUCACCUCUUAUCCAAAGAAAUUCCACGACUUCUUCAACCUGAAUGAGUCAGGUGAUCCCAAUAAGGACACGUGUGGAAUUCUGACAGUGGAGGGACGCACUUUUCCUGUUGACGUCUUCUACACUGUCAGGUAGUCAACACUUAUAACCGAGUUUAUGUGGUGUAAAGAUGUGCGUAUUUGUCCUAAAAGAGUGUUACUUCUCUUCUUUUUGCUCUCAGUCCUGUCCCAGACUAUGUAAAGGCCACAGUGGAGACUGUUAUGAAGAUCCAUGAGACAGAGGAUGAUGGAGAUGUCCUGGCUUUUCUCACAGGGCAGGCAAGUGACCACAACUCUUGACUCAGCCACACCUCUAUUUCCAAAAUCAUACGGAUUCUGUUUGAUUUCAUUUGAUGCUGGCAGAUUUUGAUGUGUGUCUAUUUUUCCAGUCUCUUAUGAGGAUCUUAUAAGUGUUUGUAUUGUCUCCUUAGGACGAGGUGGAGAAAGUGGUGUCCCUUCUUCAGGACCAAGCCAGGACUCUUUCACGAUACGGCAUGAAGAAACACCUGAGAAUUUUGCCUAUGUACUCUGGCCUACCUUAUGCUGAGCAGAUGAAGGUCUUUGAGCGGGCACCCACGUCUGUUCGCAAGGUAAAUACGGUGCCUUUGUUUUGUGAUAUUAAAGGAGAGAGAAAAUCAGAUGUAACUUUAUAGACAGAGAGGUUUUUAUUCCCAGUAUUUUAGAGAUGAUAUUGAAGGAGUACAAAAAUGUGUUUGCGGACUUAGCUGUACUUCCAUUCAAAGUUGUUAGUUCUGCUGGAAUCCCAGUACUUGCAAAGUUAUUUGCUGGACUGUUUUGAAAACUUCAGGGACAGUAAUAAAAGCUGCACAAAAUAUAACGUUGGAAGUAAAAAUCCUAUCGGUCAACACUUGGAAAUACAGCUGAUAAAAUAAUGUCAUAUAAAACGGCUCUUUUUUUUCCAGAUUGUUGUGGCCACGAACAUCGCUGAAACCUCUAUCACCAUAAACGGCAUUGUGUUUGUCAUUGACUGUGCGUUUGUGAAGCUGCGAGUCUACAAUCCAAGCACUGCCAUCGAAUCUCUGGUGGUAACGCCCAUCUCCAAGGCUUCAGCCAGCCAGAGGGCGGGUAGAGCCGGGCGAAACCGGCCCGGAAAAUGCUUCAGGCUGUACACAGGUAUGUGUGAGUUUGCAAAGAGAAGAGCGAUGAGGAAAAAGUGCAUCGUUAUCAUUUAUGACAAACAGUCAGUCUUUUUCCACCUCCCUCUGCCCUCUCUGCCUGUGUUUCUGUCACUCUUUGUUAUCCCCUCCCUUGUGUUUCUCAUCGCCUGGGUUCUGUUCAUCAGAGGAGGACUUUGAGAAACUGCCUGCCUCUACUGUGCCAGAGAUGCAGCGCACCAAUUUGGCCCCUGUCAUCCUGCAGCUCAAAGCGUUAGGCAUCGACAACGUGCUGCGGUUCAGCUUCCUUUCAGUGAGUUGCUCGCUUUGCAUCCAUGGGGCGGCUGUGAUGUGUUUAAGCACUGUGAAAGGAAAUGUACUUUACAUUUUAAUUAGCCAGAAUGGCUCACGGCCUUUGGGGAGAAAUGUAUAAGAACCAUAAAAUUAAUGCAGUCAUUGUGUAGUUGUGCAUGUAAAGAUGUAAUGACAUGAAUCCCUGAAGUACACCAAAAUCUCUUUUUUUUUGUCUCUCAGAGUGAUCCUUAUAGUUGCUGGAUUUAACAUGCAUCUUUUCUAUUUAUGCAGCCUCCUCCAGCUCAGACCAUGGUGCAGGCUCUAGAGCUGCUCUACGCUUUAGGAGGUAAGAAACAAGUCUCUCAGCAGGUGGGAGGAGGAAAUGAAAGGAGAGGUGUCCUUCAACUCCAAGACUGUUGUUUAAAAUUCCGUGUCAGAAAUCAUCUACACACUGCGAUGUCCUUGCACAUGAUGCAGAAUCUUAACCAGCGGUGUGCCUCCUCCUGGCAGGUCUGGAUCAUUACGGCCGUUUGACAGAUCCCAUGGGGGUGCGGAUGGCAGAGUUUCCUCUGAGCCCCAUGUUCGCCAAGAUGCUCCUCGAGUCUGGAAACUUUGGCUGCUCCAAAGAGAUUGUAACCAUCGCAGCAAUGAUGCAGAUCCAGAACAUAUUUGUUGUGCCGCCCAAUCAGAAGAAAGCUGCUGUAAGUGCAAACGAGCUUUCAAUAGAGGCAUGUUGUGUAUUUUGCAGAAACGCUCUGUCAGCAUAAUAAUUAUCCAAUUUUUGCUAUCUCACCCCGCAGGCUCGAGAGCACAGGAAAUUUGCAGUUGCCGAGGGAGACCACCUCACAAUGCUGAAUGUGUAUGAAGCAUUCAUUAAGGUGUGUUUAUAUACCUAUGGUGGUGUAUAGCUCACUCUGUGAUAGUGAGCGCAACACAAGAGGCUAAGAAAAAGGCAGGAGACAAAGUUAACUCUGAUAAAAACAAAAAAUAAAAAAUCAACAUUGUCUUCUUUCCUGCAGCACCAGAAGAGCUCCCAGUGGUGCCAGGAACACUUUCUCAACUAUAAGGGCCUGCUGAGGGCUGUGACUGUGCGGGAGCAGCUCCGGCGGCUCAUGAACAAGUUUAAAGUGCCGCGGACUUCCAGUGAAGGUGCGUGGGUGUCAAUAUGAUGUGUGCCUCUUUAAAGAAUCUUAAUCACAAAAACACACUUUUAUGAUUGUGUAUUGAAUUGUGAAAAGGGUUGUUUGUCUGCGCUUUCUUUUCCUCAGGCGACCCUGAUGUGAUCUUAAAGUGUAUUGUAGUUGGGUUCUUUGCUAACGCAGCUCGAAUUCAUCAUUCUGGUUCCUACAGGUGAGAUGUUUUCUGUUUCCUUUAAUAGAUGUUUGCAACUUUCAAGCGAAAAAGAUUAUCAAACGCUCCUUGUUUGUUUUCUCUGUCAGGACUUUACGAGACGACCGUGAGCUUCACAUCCACCCGAACUCGGUGCUGUUUGGCGAGAAACCUCCAAAAUGGUGAGGGCUCUUUCUCAGGGUGGUCACAUACAUCCUGAGGAGGUUUCCACUUCUAAACUUUGUUUCUUUGUUCUCCAGGGUUGUUUUCAAUGAAGUGGUGCAGACAGCGAAAUACUACAUGCGCGAUGUGACUGCUGUCGAGUCAUCCUGGUUGGUUGAAUUGGCCCCUCACUUUUACAAGCAGGCCAAGGUAGGUCAAAGGGAAAAAACUUCUGCCUUCAGAUUGUUAUUUUAUGGCUGUUAGUUUACCGACAGCCUGCUCACAAGUGUAUUUGAUUGAUCUGUGUCCUGUCCCUUUCCUCCUUCAGCAUGGUUCCCUGGCCAGCAAGAGGUCCCGGGUCCUCUAAAUCUCACCAUUCUUAGACCACCUUAAGACGAGGAGAUUCAUCGAGCUAAGAGGAGAGAGAGUCCCUCUCAAGUUGCCACUGUGCCCCUCUCCAUUUCAGUGUAUAUAAAGAUGUAAUAUAUAUUUAUUGACCAUGUCAACCUGCACAACCUAUCACACAAUGUAGCCAUGCUAGAAUGGGAUUAAGUGGAUACGUUUUUAGUGUUGAUUUUGACACUGGGGAUUUGCUUAGUUUGAAAGAGUCCGUCUGAAGUUAAUGUAGUUCACAGUUUGACCUAUGAGAUGAGAGUAAAUGGUAAUGAAUGUGAGAUGAGACCAGGCCGUGCCUGUCUUGUGUUCCUCCACGUUUCGUCAUGUAGUUCACUUCAGUUCUUCUUGUAUAUAGUCAGAGCAGGCUCAGGUCCAGGGAUCGGCCUGUCCAUACCUGGUUCUUGACUGUAUUAUUUUUUUAAUUACUAUAUUUUUCUUGUUGCAUGAUACACAAUGGAAGAUAACGGGUCGUGAGGAUGUUUCUGCUUGAAAGAUUUGUGAUUUAGUUUUAUUUUGGUUCAUUUGAUUCUCUCACCAUGUGGGGACCUUUAGGUUUUAGUUCACUUUAUCUACAGUUUAGUUUAGACAACUUCAAUCUUUUAUUUUCAUACAGAAUGUAUUUGGAUAUAUUUGUUUUCAGGACUUUUGCUGUAGAAGGAAACUUUACUUUUUAGCCAACCUCAAAUCCUACUCCUUAGAUACUGUGAAAAGACUGCUUGACUGGCUGAUCUUUGUUUUUCACUUUCACUGUAUUGCCACUUUACUACAGUCUAGCUCCGACAUAGUGGCCUUGUCACCACUUUGUGCCAAUUUUCUUUAUCAGCCUAUUUCACAUUUCCUUUUCAGAUGGAAUGUGUAAAUGCGCCCGAGCAUUUAAAAAGAAAAGCUGUGAAAUCAAAACUAAAAAGUGCCAUUUGUUCCUGCUAUGAUAAAGUGCAUUUAGACAUGCAUCCAAAGCCUCAAAGAAACAGUAGCAUUUAUUGGAUUUCAGCCAUCUCUUUGCCUUUCCUCUUACGGAUUGUCUCAGUUUUGAGCAAAGAUUUUUUUGUCAUGUUACCAUCGACAUCAUCUGCGAGGUGUUUAGGAAAAUAGCCAUUGAUUUGUAAUCGCCAUUAGAAAUUCACAGCAUUCGUCUUACAUUUCUACUUUUGUUCAUUUUUAAGGUUUGCUUUUCUUCAGAGGUUUUUGGCCCUGAAAGCGUCAGCGAGCAGUAUAUUAAAGGCUUUUGUCAUUUUAAUCUGCUUUCAAACCAGUACGGUCACUGUUAAAAGAUUUAACGUCUGCCUGCAUGGUUCUUUGUUGAUCUUGUUCUUAAGAUUACUACUGUAGAUUCAGUGAAAUUGUAAUGAAACCACAGAACAACACUGUAGAGUAGAUAAUUAAACCAACUCAAAUGAGACAGAUAUACAAAUGAGGUACCUUUGCAUGCUAAACAGUACUCUGCUGUAGACACUUAAGACCACCUUGUAGACUAAAUGCAAAUGAAACAUUUGCAAAAUGGCUUGUUUAUCCUCAUUUGUGCCGAUACUUCUGAGUAUGUAUGCAGCCAAAGCAGUAACCUGUAGACCAGCGUAAUUGCUUACCUCUGAGAUAAGACUGUCACCUAACAUUUCUUCCUCACAUCCUCAAAUAAAGCCUUAUCGUCAUGCACUGAG